UUGGAGAUGGCAAGCUCUGCAGAAUAUGAUAACAGACUCGAGGACAAAUCGGUCAUGAAGAUGGGACUAAAUAAUGGACAUAAUAUACCGGCAAUUGGUCUCGGUACUUGGCGUAGUACACCAGAAGUUGUAUCUCAAGCAGUUAAGGAUGCAAUAGACCUUGGUUAUCGUCAUAUUGAUUGUGCAUUUAGUUAUGGAAAUGAAUCUGAAAUCGGUUUGGCGAUACAAGAGAAAAUAGCUGAAGGCAUCUUAAAGCGGGAGGAUUUGUUUGUAACAAGUAAGUUAUGGUGUACCUAUCACCGCCCGGAUAUUGUAAGAGUUGCUUGCGACAUAUCUUUAAAAAGGUUGAAACUGAAAUAUUUGGACUGUUAUCUUAUGCAUUGGCCAUUAGCUUUUGCGGAAAGUGAGGAUAUAAUUCCAAUGGAUGAAAACAAGAAAGUAUUAUUCGCUGAUUAUAGUUUUAUUAGUACUUGGAAUGCCAUGGAAGAAUUGGUAAACGAAGGUUUAUGUCGCACAAUUGGUGUUUCAAAUUUUAAUAAGCGUCAGCUAGAAGAAUUACUUAACGCUGCCCGUAUACCACCAGCAGUUCUACAAUUGGAAUGUCAUCCAUAUUUGAAUCAAAAGCGUUUAAUCGAUUUCGCACGUAAACACAAUUUAACUGUAGUUGCUUACAGUCCAUUGGGUUCAUCACACACACCCUAUGAGAAGCCUGGUAAAUAUAAACUGUUGGAACAUCCUAUAAUUUUAGAAAUGGCUAAAAAACAUAAACGAAAUCCUGGGCAAAUAUUAUUGCGUUACCAAAUGGAUUGCGGAAAUGCUGUUAUACCACGUUCGGUAACUAAGUCACACAUGAAGGAUAAUUUAGAUAUACACAAUUUCAAAUUAACCAAAGAGGAUUUAUUAGAAAUCGAUCAGUUAGAUAUAAAUGGACGUAUUAUGGACUUUAAGAUGGCCGCUGGACAUCCGGAUCAUCCGUUUGAGAACGAUGAAUUUUAAUUUACAACAACAAUUUGGACUUGUGUAAUUGUAAUUUUUUUAAAUCAAGUUUUUUUUGA